UGACCAUGACUCCAUCUGGAUUGUUGCGUCUGAGCGGAUCACAUUUGUGAGCCAGAGCAGCGUUCGGGUCUGGUGCUACAAUGACUGCAUGGUGGAGCAAGUGGAGGGUCCAGACCCACUGAUCUCUUGGUUUUCUCGCAGUAAAGUUGCUCUGUUUGAAGGAAAACAUUUGACUCGCAGUUGAGGAGAAACACACUCUCUCUCCUCAUGUCUGCGUCUCACCCUCUCCCUGCUCUGUGUGUAAUCCUGUGAGUCAAGGAUGUGGCAUUGAAGGAGCAGUACAAAAGUGGCGUCUCCCUUCCUGCGUCUCUGUCGGGAGGAUGGCUCUGCUGGUGUGUUUCAUUGUGUUCUGCAGUGCUUGUCUGGCUUUUGCUGUGUUCCAGCUGAGGCGCCGUGGUUCCCUGCAGGGCCUUCGAGAGCCCCCCGGCCUCCCUUCGCUCCCUGUCCUGGGCAGCCUGCUGAGUCUCCGCAGUUCCCUUCAGCCGCACCUUCUCUUCCAGGAGAUGCAGGAGAAGUAUGGCCCGACCUACUCUCUGAUGAUGGGGCCCCACCCAACGCUGAUCAUCAACCAGCACGCUCAUGCCAAGGAGGUCCUGCUGAAGAGGGGCAAGACCUUCGCCGGGAGACCCCGCACCGUGACCACGGACGUCCUGACCAGAGACGGCAAAGACAUCGCUUUUGGAGACUACAGUCCCACCUGGAGGUUCCACAGGAAGGUCGUCCACAGAGCUCUCAGCAUGUUCGGAGAAGGGUCAGCCUCCAUCGAGAAGAUCAUCUGUGCAGAAGCCGGCUCUCUGUGCUGCCUCCUGGCUGACACUGCUGCCGCAGGUCUGUCCCUGGAUCUCUCGCCGGAGCUGACCAGAGCCGUCACCAACGUGAUCUGCUCGCUGUGCUUCAACUCCUCGUACAGCAGAGGAGAGCCCGAGUUCGAGGACAUGCUGCGGUACAGUCAGGGCAUCGUGGACACGGUGGCCAAAGACAGUCUUGUGGACAUCUAUCCUUGGCUGCAGUACUUUCCCAAUGCUGGCCUUCAACUGCUGAAACGCUGCGUCGCUGUCCGAGAUCAACUGCUGCAGAGGAAGUUCGAGGAGCACAAGGUGGACUACAGCGACCACAUGCAGCGGGACCUGCUGGACGCGCUAUUGCGGGCGCAACGCAGCGCUGAAAACAACAACUCAGCGGAGCUCAGCGGCAGCUCUGUGGGCCUGAGUGACGACCACAUCCUCAUGACGGUGGGCGACAUCUUCGGUGCCGGCGUGGAGACCACCACCACUGUCCUGAAGUGGGCCAUCACCUACCUCCUCCAUCACCCGCAGGUGCAGGGCCGAAUCCAGGAGGAGCUGGACCGUACAGUGGGACGCGACAGGCAGCCGCAGCUGAGUGACAGAGGUCAGCUGCCCUACCUGGAGGCCACCAUCAGGGAGGUGCUGAGGAUCCGCCCUGUGGCCCCCCUCCUCAUCCCCCACGUGGCCCUCAGUGACACCAGCGUCGGCGACUUCACCGUGAGAAGAGGAACCAGAGUGAUCAUCAACCUGUGGUCGCUGCACCACGACCAAAGAGAGUGGAAGAACCCGGAGCUCUUCGACCCCAGCCGCUUCCUGAACAGCGAGGGCACAGGUCUGGUCCUGCCCUCCUCCAGCUACCUGCCCUUCGGCGCUGGGCUCCGGGUGUGUUUGGGAGAGGUCUUGGCUAAGAUGGAACUCUUCCUCUUCCUCUCCUGGAUCCUGCAGCGAUUCAGCUUCUCGGUGCCGCCGGGUCACCCGCUGCCGUCCCUGGAGGGCCAGUUUGGCGUGGUCCUGCAGCCGGCCCGGUACACGGUGAGCGCCACGCCGAGACCAGGCUGGGAGAGCAAGCUGACCUCCACGCUUCACUCUUAACCUGAGAAUGAUGAAGUAGAAACCCGACUGCGACUCAUUGAUGUAACAAUCUUUGCUACCACAGUGUGGGAGUCACAUCACGUUUUAGCCGUGACAUCAGGACAUGUCAAACCUGCUCAUGCUAACAGACCUAACUCAUCCUUUCAAAGUCAAGCUCAGAGCCGGUCACCACAGACUUUAGUGAGGACACCGAGCCUGAUGUUGAGGAGGCGGCGCCCAGCACCUGAGCAACAUGGAGGCAGGAAGAUGCAGCUCUGGGCUGUGGAGUCUGAGUUUAGAUGCAGAUAUAGACAGUUGAGGUUUAACGCUUGACUCACGUUGUUUCCAAACUAAAUGGUGACUGAAGCUGAAUGAGUGUUUGACUGCGUUCAUGAAAGCAGCACGAUCAUUGCGACAUCCAAUAAACUGCUACUGCUUUGUUUCACUCACUCA